AUGCGUCGAGCGUCUGACGGGGCGCGCGUCCCGCCCCAGGAAGGCGCGUGGGCGGCGUCCUGCCGCUUCGAAGAUUCUAACGAGACGCCGCGUCUGGCCCAGCCGAAUGCGGCAUGUGACCGCAGCGCAUCCGCCGUUGCUGAACUCGAAAGACCGUUUCUCUUUCCCUGCGCCGCUGCGCCGGGUGGUGCCUCGCCGGUCGUCCACGGUCACAGCUCGUUGGCUUCCUCUUCCGACCGGUCUUUCUCCACAGCUCAGCGUAGUGUCUUGGGCAGAUCAUCUCCUCAGUCGGCGCGGGCGUUUCCGCAUGCUCCAGAGGGCGUACUCGACUUUUCUGCGGCAGACGCCGCGCAUUUGCUCACGCCUCCUGGCGGUCGCGCACCUGGUGAAGGCGGCCCUCGAUUUCCGCUCGCUGGUCCGAAUGGCGUUUCUCCGGCAUCUGAAGCGUCUCUUUUCGGCUCUGGAGCCGGCCCUGCUGUCCCCGUUGCGCCGUCGCUGCUCUCGCCGUCUUUCGCGCGGCGCGUGCUGGCCGAGCAAAGACGGCAACGGCAGAGUCAGCUAUCCCUCGGUCAGGUGUACGCCCACCUGUACACUCCGGGGGCAUCCGCCCGCCCGUCGCCUUCGCGCCGACUCCCCCCCGUCCCCCACUCUUCUCUCCGACCCGUCUCGCUUCUGUCCUCGACGUCGGGCGGCUCGGUAGCUUCGUCUGGGAGAUCCCAGCACGCGCCGCAUGUUCUCGGCCGUCGUAGCAGCCCCAGUCCAGCGUUGGGUUGGCGCGCCGUUCGCCGCUCGCGACGGCGACUUGGACCGUCUUCCACAGCCUCUCUCCCGUCGCUGGGGUCUCGACCUCGCACACCGUCGUCCGGCGUCUCUUCAGUUCACGGCUUUUCUUCCGUCUCCCCGGCGACCGACAGGGACUUCCCUCGCUAUGUCGACGACUCGUCCGUGUCGCUGCCCGUGUCCCUGACGCAGCCCGCGGUUUUGCCGUCGCGCACUGGCCCAGACGCCCGGUGCGAUCCGUACCGCCGCGCGUUCACGCCUGCAGGCUCCCCGGGACACCCUCUCUCGCUCAGUUCGACCGACAGAGUGGUGCAAGCGUUCCAGCAUCAAGCGGCUGCUCAGCUCGCAGCGGCGACUGUGCGAUUUCCCGCGUCAAGAACGCCGUCGUUCUCUCAGGCUGCGGGUGUCUCUGGAGGUGCGGUCCUCCCGCCUUCAGGCGCGGCUUCGCUGAACCGGACGGCGCCAAGCGCGACACACAGCGGGGAAGAAGAGCCUCACGAAGAGGCGCAAGACGCGUCGGUGUGUCCUGCUGGAGCAGGUGGAGAGAUUUGGGACGGCGCACCUUCUGACGUGAGUGGCGUCGCUGCGUCAACUGUCGGUGAAGGCGCUCACGAGCAGACAACGGACCUUGCGGAGAGCGCCCCAGGGGCUGUCAAGACACCGGAGGGUGUCGACGCUGGACAGGGCCCCGUGGCGCUCGCCAGCCGCUGGCUCAGAAAGCUCGUGCAGGGGAGGAGAGACGCCUCGACCUCGAGCGGCGAACGGGAUUUGCCGGAGCGCGCCGAUGCCUCGAAACGCCAACUGCCGCUGUCGGCGCGGGCCGAGGCUGUGUCUGAUUUCGUGCCGCAUCGUUCUUGUUCGUCCACCUCGCCCCUGGACCCGUCCGUGUCGCACAGGACGAACGGAAGAGGCGACGCACGAGACGAGUUGCAGAGAGGAGGCGUUUGGCACCAUCACGUUCCUCCUGCAAAGAGGUUUCUCACGUCGAACGAAGCAGGCAUGGGCAUGCACGCUUUGGGGUAUUUCGAUGCGCGAGCAGACAGCGAAGCCUGGUUCGCAAGAGCCUCGACCGACGCGCGCGCGUGCCGUAGCGGCCAAGAGCGGCUGCUUUCAGUGCAAAAGAGGAGACGAAGUCUCGACGACUCUGACUACGCCCUAGACCCGUGGAUCGGCGUGCCGAGAGACGAGGAGUCUGAGGCUGUUGCCGCGAGCGACGACCGACAAGACAGCGAUACCGCUCGCGAAACAGGUAGAGGGCGUCUCGACGAUUUGUCACCCCGUUGGAGCGAGGAGUGUCGCGGUGCCAUGGCGAUUCAGCAAAGAGAGAGACUGCUGUCCCCGGCCUUUGUUCGGCAUUUUACGUCGGAGGAAGUCGCACAGUCGCUGGAAGAGCUGGUGCGAAUCUAUGCGGACGACGACAUCUGCUCAGACGCAGCAGAGGAAGGCGCGGCGGACGGCCUCUUGCGUGAAGAAAGGGAAGAAGCCCACGCAGGCGAAAGGAAUCUUGCGUCUUCGGUGGCCAGUUCUCAGGCAUCGUUCGACUCAAGUAACUCGCCUUCGACCGCUCAAAACAGGAUCCCUUCCUCUAUCGGCGAUGGCAACGUUUCGCGCCUCCGCGGCUCGCCCGCUGCCUCCGCGGUGGAAACCAGCCAAGUGGAUUCCGAACCCAAAACGGCGCAGGGUGCUGCGGGUCGAGGCGAAUCACCGGACGCGAACGCUGAGAAGGCCGAGCCAGCGGGCACGUCGUUUGCGCUUUCAGGCGCGGCGCAGACGCCACCAGCGGAGUCUCGCGUGGAGGGAUCUUCACGGGCACUCGUGGGGGUUGGUCCGAGUCAAGGAGAAGGGAAGAUAGGCAGUGCGGGCACGCCCGCAGGCGAACUUUCGGAGGCCCCGAAGCACGCCGAGACCACACGAAGGAAAGACAUCAGUCAAACUGAGCGGGGCGGGCUUCUCUUUGCCUUUAACGCGAGUGUCCUCGGCCACCGCGAGAAACUCGAGAGCUUUGUUUUUUUGUUGAAUGUUUUGCGGCAGCUGAAAGCCGUCCUCUCGUCAUAUCGACAGCCGGUGUGUGGGCCCGACUCCGGCCGCCUCGCUUUCGCAACUGCCCCUACACCUGAGUUCUUGUCUGCAUUGUCCCUUGGCCACCUGGACUUCCGCCUCCACAACGCGAAGGUGAAGCACGAAGGGAAGAUGGCUGCGUCCCGGUUUUGGCGCGAGCAGGCCGCGCUCAGCGCGAGCGCCCUCUCAGAAGCGCAAACGCAUGCGGGUUGGAGUGGCAUGUGGCGGCUUCUCCCUCGGGACGCGCGCCUGGCCCUCGGACGUGCGGUUGAACGGGCUCGGUGUCUAGACACCGAGACUCAAGAGCUUGCUCGAACAUAUCUUUGUCUGCAGAACGGAGACCGUUAUGCGGAGCCCUCCGGUGUGUUCCUUUCCCCUUCCCGCGAAGCUCAGAGACAGGCCGUCUCUUCCUCGGAUCCGCCAGAGUGUUGUGCAGGAGAACCUGCGCGGAAAUCAAAGUGGGCGAGGAAGAAUCGCGAGGGCGCGCGCGUGGAGAGAGAGUUCUUUCGCGUCAACCGGCUCGGCGACGGCACAGAGCUGUGGAGAGUUGUCGAACGGGCGGAAGCGACGCCGAGCAAAGGGCGGUCGCUGUCUGUAGAAGAGGAGACUGAGGGACGAACAGGCGUUUCCUGGAGCUCAUUGCUUGGGUACGGAGUCCACGGGGAGGAGGAACUAAAAGGAUGGCAGUUGGCUAUUCAGACACUCUUCCAGCAACCAGACGACUCAUGUGGCAAUCGUGGGCUGGCGGCGGACACGGGAGUGGCGGUGAAACCCCAUACACUCGCACUUGUGGAAGAAGUCGAGAAAGAGUUAGGUGGGCCGUUCAGGUCUGAGCCGUCGGUCCUGACCGAGGAUUUCCUGGAGAUUCUAUCCUCCCUGUUUCCGGGGCAAACACCCCGCAUCGAGUGUAUCGACAUGCUGGCGGCGAUGCUCAACACCAUGGAUUUCGUUUCGCUCGGGGUUACCGAGGAGUCGUCUAUUGGCCCUUCUCAUCCUACCGCGAAUUGUUCGUCAGAAGCGUCGGAGACAGGAAACCCAGCACUAAGACAGCCACUUGUUCACUGCGUGGAUGCCGUCCACGUAGCAGACGGAAUCCUAGAUUGGCGAAGUCCACGCAUGCAGACGGUGGUGCUGCAGCUCGUCCAGGACGCUGGGCUUCAUUUUCAGCGUUUGUGGAACCGCAUGACGGCAGCCAGUGCGGACGAUGCACCUGGGGAACCAGCGGCUGAGGCGUACUUCUUGAUUCCUCUGUACGGGCAUUUCACCGCCUACCUCCUUGUCUUCAAGCUGGAAAGACUUCAGGGGUCAAAAACGUCGACACAAAGGCCAAACUCGUGUAGCGCACGUGGAGACGAAUGCCGCUGUACGUAUCAAGUCCUAGACUGCGUGGCCGCAGCAACAGGUGCCGACGAGGAAACACAAGGGUGUCGAGCUGCCGACGCAGAGGCGCUUGCUGCUUUGAUCUCGACGAUGCUAUGGACUAAAGGAAGCCUGCGAUUUCUGAAAAAGGUUCCGGAGCCGGGCACCCUUGAGGAGAAGGUGAUGAUGAGUGUCUUGCCCUCUCGGUCGCGGUCGUGCAUCCCUUCAAUGAAUGUGGUGUUGCCUAAUGGCAGCUCAGCACGGGGGGUUGACGAGCCUGGGGUUGGCGACCUUGGGCAAGAUGCUCGAGCCAAGGUUGCACUAUUGGCGGACACCGGCAAGUUCACACCCGAUUGCUGCGGUGUCAUUCUUUUGUUUAGCAUUGAGGCCUUCUAUAGCGGCCAUCGCGCAGGGCUUCUCAAGCCAGCUGCUGUGUCGGCUCUCCGCUUUUUGUAUGCCAGACGAAUCCUAGAAGUUUUUGUUCUGCGGAGGUCUUUGUUUCAUUCUUGUGCUCUGCCCGUGUUCCGCGCCGCUGAAAGGGCCUGCAAUGUCCGGAAGCCGAUAAUGUAUUUUGAUGCGCCAUCGCCGCCUGCCACUCUCAGGCCAACGCUCUACUUGGGAACAGGUGCCUGA